UGCAGUAAGUAUGCGUAGGCCCGUAGGCCGUUAAUGUCAUCUUAAUUUAUUUACAAACAAAGUUAUACAAAUUACUAUUAAUAUUUAAUAUCAGUAUAUUGCGUUGUAGUUUUGUUAUUCUCAUUAUUACUAACUUAUACUAAGAAUAAUACGAUUUUGGUCACUUAACUCGUGCAACAUAACUGAAGAAAUACAAAAUGAAUACAAACACCCCAAAUAACCUCAAAGUUGACGUACUGCAUUCUUUUUUUAGUGCGGGCCCUGUUAGUGUUGAUGAAAUCGAAAUAAAUUUGUAUUUGGGGAAUCUUUCAGCAGCAACAGACAUAAAUAAUCUCAAAAGAUUGAAUAUAAAUCGUAUUUUGUCAAUAGACAGUUGUCCAUUGCCUCGAAAAAUUUUGGAAUUAAAAUCUAUCACAAACAUGUUUAUUCAACUGUCGGAUUUACCAAAGGAAGAUCUCUUAAGUCGUUUAGAUGAUACCUAUGCGUUUAUAUGUGAAGGAUUACAGAGUGGAGCAGUUCUGGUACAUUGUUUUUAUGGAGUUUCUCGCAGUGCAACUGUGGUUAUAGCUUAUUUAAUGAAAAAGUACCAAUUGGCAUAUGGAGAGGCAUUUGAAAAAGUAAAAAUGAAGCGCUCUAUUGUUUUCCCAAACCAAGGAUUUAUUUCUCAACUAAUGUUGUAUAAAGAUAUGGGAUAUAAAGUGGAUAAAGAGCAUCAAAAGUACAAGGUUUAUCGCCUUAGAAUGGCAGCAGAGAAAGUAAAAAAGGUAAAAAUUCUCCCACAGGACUUCUUUGACCUGAUAAAACCUGAUCCUGGUUUGACCAGGAUUCAACCUGAGCCAAAUGUGUACCAAUGCAAGAAGUGCCGUAGAAUAAUUGCCUCAGCUUCAAAUUUGCUUAAACAUCCAAGUAAGGAAUCUAAAGGAAGCUUUUGCACAAAAACAUACUUUUUGGAACCCUUGUCAUGGAUGCAGGGUAUUACUCAAACAACACAAGGCAAACUGCAUUGUCCAAAGUGUGGAACUAAAUUAGGAUCAUUUAGCUGGAUUAUGGGGUGUCAGUGUCCCUGUGGAUGCCAGGUUGCACCAGCGUUUUAUCUCACUCCUUCUAAGAUUGACUGGACCGACGUUGUAAAAAAUAUAGAAGUAACAAUUUAAGACAAUAUUAUCUGCAAAUAAA